AUGAUCAGAGCAGGCUUAUCGACGUUCUCCAGACCCAUCGCAUCGUCAUCUUCCAGAUCGACAUCAGCAGUCGCAAGACGAUACGCUUCUCAUGGACCUAGUUACAAUCCCCCUUCAGGUUAUUUGUUCGGUGAAAGACCACCUAAAGAUGGAAAGAGAGUGAAGGAAACCUGGGAGAACAUCUACUACGUCGGGAUGUUCGGUGGUAUGGCUUUAGCAGCUGUCAUAAUAGCUUACAAGCCCGAUACGAGUAUCCAAACAUGGGCAUUGAAAGAGGCCAGAGCAAGAUUAGAUGCUAAAGGUGAAGAGUGGGAGUACAAGCCCAAGUCUGCUUAA